CAAGCCGGGCCUGGAGUCGCAUCAUUCAGUGCGCAUUUCCACCAUUGAUUCCAGCUAGACACAACCUAAAAAUUUCCAAUUUCCGCAUUAGUGCUCGACCCUUGGGGUCGAAAACUGUUUUACGAUGAAGAUCACAAUUUUAAUGUGUUGUUUAACGGGAGCAAUGUGUUAUCUUCCUCCAGCCAAGGAAAGUCUUCUCUCUGGGCUAUUUCUUCGCGACUUGGUAAAUCGUAUCAACGGUAAGGGCAUCUCGGAAGGGGAUGGAGUAUCUUACUUGGAUUUUACUGAUGGACUGCCACUAGAUGGGCGCUCUUUAUCUGGUACCCUCGAAGAAGAGCAAAUGUUUCCAGUUGAUUAUGAAACAAUGGGUGAAAUGAACAUGCAUCCCAGCAUUCGUGAUCAAGAAUACUUGCAACAUAGCACCUUAUGGGGGAAACAGUAUUUGAAUGGAGACAGGGCUGAAAACUCAAUACUACAUCACAACGGAUUUAAGAAUAAGAAUGGUCUAAAAGGUGAAUCCACUUUGCCAGCUUAUUGCAGUCCACCGAAUCCAUGCCCGAUAGGAUAUACAGCUGAUCAUGGAUGCAUUGAGAUGUUUGACAAUACCGCUUCAUUCAGUCGGAGAUACCAAGCAUCACAAAACUGUAUGUGUGAUACGGAACAUAUGUUUGAAUGCCCUACCUCAAAUGAUAUUUCUGAUGACAAUUCCAUGGAUAUGAUCGACAGUUAUCAUUUUAACAAGAUGUUACAACAAUCGGCUAAGUUGAAACAACUUUUUUCGCAAAAGAACGUGUAUGCAAAAAAAGAUCUUCAGAUUAAGUCUAAGAACAAUCCCUUUUUAACUGGAGAAAAAUUACCCGUGGCAGCUAAAAAAGGCAACAAUGUUUUACUGUAAACGUACAACACCAACCCCCAACUAUGAACCAAUCCGGACGACAACAAAUAAUGACUUUGGCUAUGAACAUGGACGAUCCGAAGAACAAUAACCAUUUUAAUUCUUACCCCUGUACGAUAAACUAUAUGUAAGAACUUAGAUAGUAGUUGCUUUUAAUGUGAGCAUAUAAUAAACAAAGAAUGGUACCCAUACUGUUAGAGUUAGAGUAAUUACAACGUACAAUUCCGUUGUAUACCCAACAAUUCUCAAAAGAAUGAUAAAUAUGCUUAAAUCGUAAUAAAGUGACAUAUCACGAUAUUGACCAAAAAUACAAAUAGAUCAACUUAAGUAUGUUUUAGGCCCUAUUGAUUUUGACCGAUCUCUUAACAAGCGGCAAAAAGCUUGGAAUGGAUAGCUUUGCAUUGCUAGCUAUUUGAACCUUUAUAAGGCAUCUGACAAAAUCAAAAUUAUACUUAAGUCGAUUACAUCAUUUUAAUCGAACUAAUGACCUAGAAACUCUUCUUCAAUCAGUGAAUGAAUAUAUAAUUGAAUAUAAUGAUUUGUUAAUGGACAUACAAAUAAUAUUACAAAAUGUAAAUAUUGUACAUGAGCAAAAUCAUGAUCUACUAAGUGAAAGAGGCUCUUCAGUAGGUAUUUAAAUUAUGUAAUUUUAUUUCCGCAAGGGAGCAGAUUUUAAUAGUAUUUAUAUCUCUAAAUGUAUUGUCUUCUAUUAUCUUCCAUAAUAUAGUCUUACAAGGUUGAAUUUCUGUAGAAUAGAUAAACACCAAUAUUUGAGGUUCUUUUAUGCUGCAUUUGAAUUAGAAAAUAAAGCGGAAAUGAAUCUUAAACAGUUUUUUAUUAUAUAGAACAUGACAAAAUCUUGUGAAACUAUUAUGCUGGACUUACAAAUCAAUAUGUUUCUUGAGUAAAACAGUGAAAAUGCUCUGUGCGGGUUUGGUCCAUUUGAAAUCAUUAUUGGAAACAUAGAAAAAUACGAUACAAGCCUGUUUUAAAAUAAUAUUCAUGUUAACGGUGGUUAUAACAUAAAUCUAACUCUCUCUUGUGUUUAUAGACUGUUGACAUUACAUAUUGAUGUUUAAAUAAAGUGUUUAUCGGUGUUAUUGAAUUAAGUGGUUAACCAUUUUAAAAAAACUGAGGCUUAUUCUUGAAUAUUUACAAUUUCUUGUUUACGAAGAACAAAGUAGCAUAAAAGACUAUUAUACCAAGUGGAAUAAAUGUAUUCUCUUAAUGCAA